AUCCACUCCCUACGAUUUGCAAGCACAAAAUUCCAAAUUUGGUAUUGCUGUUUCUAGAACCCUCCGCUCUUCCCUUAAACCCUGAACCUCUUCCUAGGGUUUUACAUGCUCGCUCUCUCAUCAACUAGAGUAGAAGAACAAAAUAUCGUUUUCUAGAGCUCAAUGGCUCCUGUUCUGAGCAGAAGCUUGGCCAGUGCGCCUCUCACUUCUUUUCCACUCAACAAUAUCAAUAACAACAGGAGGGUCUUGAAUUUGAGAAAUACUUUUGUACCACUGAAUGGCCUCAGAAAGGGAUUUUCUUGUAGCGGGUUGAAAUGGAAGCUAGAGAAGAGAGGCAGUCGCGUGGGUGUUCGCUGCGAGGCUGGUGUUGCUGAGAAAGAAGCUCCCGAUACGCCCGGAGAGAAGUUCGAAUACCAGGCCGAGGUCAGUCGCCUACUUGAUUUGAUAGUCCAUAGUCUAUACAGCCACAAGGAAGUAUUUCUAAGAGAGCUCGUGAGUAAUGCAAGUGAUGCUCUUGAUAAGUUGAGAUUCCUAAGUGUGACAGAGCCCUCUCUACUUGGGGAUGCUGGUGAGCUAGAAAUACGCAUAAAACCUGAUCCCGAUAAUGGAACCAUUACUAUAACAGAUACUGGUAUUGGAAUGACCAAGGAAGAGCUCAUUGACUGUCUUGGAACUAUAGCUCAGAGUGGUACUUCAAAAUUCUUGAAGGCUCUUAAGGAAAAUCAGGAUCUCGGGGCUGAUAAUGGGUUGAUUGGUCAAUUUGGUGUUGGGUUCUAUUCUGCAUUUCUGGUUGCUGAGAAGGUGACAGUGUCAACGAAGAGCCCACGGUCGGAAAAGCAAUAUGUUUGGGAAGCUGUAGCUGACAGUAGUUCUUAUGUGAUCAGAGAAGAAACUGAUCCUGAGAAGUCCCUGCCUCGUGGAACACAAAUCACCCUCUACUUAAGGCCAGAUGACAAAUAUGAAUUCUCAGAGCCAACCAAGAUUCAGAGUUUGGUGAAGAACUACUCACAGUUCGUUUCCUUCCCCAUCUAUACAUGGCAAGAGAAAUCAAGGACUGUUGAGGUGGAAGAGGAGGAAGAACCAAAAGAGGGAGAAGAAGCAAAACCAGAGGAUCAGAAGAAAAAGAAGAAGACUAUAACUGAGAAAUACUGGGACUGGGAACUAGCCAAUGAAACAAAACCUAUUUGGAUGCGGAAUCCAAGGGAAGUGGAAAAGGAUGAGUACAACGAUUUCUACAAGAAAACUUUUAAUGAGUUCUUGGAUCCACUUUCACACAUCCACUUCACCACAGAGGGUGAGGUUGAAUUUAGGAGUAUUCUUUAUAUUCCUGGAAUGGGACCUCUUAACAAUGAGGAUGUAAUGAAUCCCAAAACAAAGAACAUACGUUUGUAUGUGAAGCGUGUAUUCAUUUCAGAUGACUUUGAUGGUGAGCUGUUUCCACGGUACUUAAGCUUUGUGAAAGGUGUGGUGGAUUCAAACGACCUUCCUCUCAAUGUUUCGCGGGAGAUUCUGCAAGAAAGCCGAAUUGUCAGAAUUAUGAGAAAGAGACUUGUCAGGAAAACGUUUGACAUGAUACAAGAGGUUUCUGAAAGUGAAAACAAAGAGGAUUACAAAAAAUUCUGGGAGAACUUUGGAAGGUUUCUAAAGUUAGGAUGCAUCGAGGACACUGGGAAUCACAAGCGCAUAACACCACUAUUAAGGUUCCACACUUCCAAAAGUGAGGAGGAAUUGACUAGCUUAGAUGAUUAUGUUGAAAACAUGGGUGAGAAUCAAAAGGCUAUCUACUACCUGGCAACAGAUAGCUUAAAAAGUGCAAAGACUGCACCAUUCUUAGAGAAGUUGGUUCAAAAGGAUAUUGAGGUUCUAUAUCUAAUUGAGCCUAUUGAUGAAGUUGCCAUCCAGAACCUGCAGACCUACAAAGAAAAGAAAUUUGUUGACAUUAGCAAGGAGGAUUUGGAGCUUGGUGAUGAUGAUGAAGUCAAAGAACGGGAAACCAAACAAGAAUAUAAUCUUCUCUGUGAUUGGAUAAAGCAACAGCUUGGUGAUAAGGUUGCAAAAGUCCAAGUCUCAAAGCGUCUAAGCUCAUCCCCUUGUGUUCUUGUUUCUGGCAAGUUUGGAUGGUCUGCUAAUAUGGAAAGGUUAAUGAAAGCACAGGCUCUUGGAGACACUUCCUCUUUGGAGUUCAUGAGGGGAAGGAGAAUAUUGGAGAUCAAUCCAGAUCAUCCCAUCAUUAAAGACCUAAAUGCUGCAUGCAAGCUAGAGCCUGAUAGCAGUGAGGCCAGGAGAGCUGUGGACCUUUUAUAUGAUACAGCAUUGAUUUCCAGUGGAUUCUCUCCUGACAGCCCAGCUGAGUUGGGAAACAAGAUAUAUGAGAUGAUGUCAAUGGCUCUUGGAGGACGAUGGGGACGAGCAGAAGGGGAAGGGGAAGAGGAAGAGGAAGAGAAAGAGGCUGAAGUGGUGCAAGAGGAUGCUACAGAAUCCGAGACACAAGUGAUUGAACCAUCAGAAGUGAGGGCAGAGAGCGAUCCUUGGAAUGAUUAAUGAUUGAUAGAAUAAUUAUUUAUAUAUUAAAACUUAGCAUUAUUUGAUGAUUAGUGAGUAGUGGAAGGCAUGGUGAGGGAAGUGAUGGCGGAGAGAGUAGGUUCUGAUAAAUUGGAGGUGGGAAAAGAACAGUAUGUUUGUGGUGUUAGUCUCUUUUCCUGCAAUCCAAUACUGUUAUAAUUUUGUAUGGACUCCAUUGGAGUUCAAUGGCUACAUGCAACCAAAAUCUUUGCAAUUUUCACCUUUCUUAUGUUGGUGGGAUCUUUAUUUCUA